CCAGAGCGGACACUUGUCAUGGAAACUGCAAACAAGCCUAGAGCCACAUCACUGACGCUAAAUCACAGAGACGUGGGCUAACGGGAGGGGCAGAACUCUACAUUCACUGUUGCCUGGAGACCAACAAUGUUUUUUUUCGGAAAGCUCCGACGAAUUCCCGAUCUUCGCAGAGCUCCGAGUCGAGUGUUCGCUCUUGAGAACGUACGAGUGCGACAGGAACGAUGUCGCUCGCAAAUAAUUUGAUUUAAAUUUGAUUAAAUGCCUCUGCGAACAAGAAUAACAUGUUACACAGCCUGGGCAAAUGCACGAUGUUCUUCACUGAGUCGUCAGCUCAACAAUAUAUUUAUAGAGCUGUUCACAGACAAUCAUUUGAAAAAAUUGUUAGAAAGUUUUACUGGAAAGGCACCCAGGAAUAUGAACGGCAUGGCUCAACGUCAAUCUAAACAGAAUCUUAUUCCACGAUUUGAGUUGUUUUUAGAAGAACUACAAAAAGCUGGCAUCAUACCUAAGGAUAGUAAAAUCGACUGUGGCCUGAUUGCCAAGAAAAAUAUUAAAUCUGUAAGUGACCUACUAUGGAAGUUAAUAGUGUAUGACAUUCGGUUCACCUGGGAACGGUCAAGUCAACUGCUGCUCAAUAAUGAGAAACUGGUCUGCGCCAUUUGUUUCAAGUGGACACUACAGGUUAAAUCAUCAGCGCAAAAGCAAGCAAAAGCUCCUCCAUCAUUUUUUGCUGGUCUUGCGUUCCCAUUAGAUGAAACAAAAGGAUCUUCUGUCUCUACCCAGGUUGAAUCGUAUUAUUUGCAAAAUUCGGAACCAUUUCCAGGUCAUGAGCUAGCUAAAGCCUUUAACAAGAAAAUUCCUAAAGAGGGCUGGAAUAACUAUCCUUCUGCCGUUGAAUGCAUUCUGGAUCUCAUUAAUACCCACUUGCAGAUAGCAGCCAAAGGCCGUAAACUGUGUGUAAAAGAUAUAGGUGACUUGGCAGAUAGUCAUGUCUGGUGCUAUUUGGUGAAUUCCUUCAUGCCUGGCACGUUCAUCGUGGAAGUACUUCCGUACGAUAGGUGGACAACGAAUCUAGCUUUAAAAACAAUGGAAGCAAUUAUUUGCAUAUCAACUUCAUUAACUUCACAAGAUCUUCUUGAGGCAGAUCCGAAGGCUCUCUGUGCCUAUUUAUGUGUUAUCUUUAUGUGUGGUUACAAGUUCAGGCAAUCCAUAGCAGUUGUAAAAUACAUUAAAGAGUUACAACUUUUAAAGAGCAAGUUAGAUGCGCAACUGCAAACCUCCCCCCUGGAAGAACUGGAGCCACAUCAAUCUGCCCAAAAGAGUGACUUGGAAAAGAAGCUAGAAGUGUUCAAGAAUGAACUAAGCUGGCUUCAUGACACUUACGAUGUGCCGUUUUGUCAGAACUGGAGUGAGCUUGCGACCAAUGUCCAAAAACAGACCAAGGACACAAUUUCUAAGAAAAUGACUGAGCGAUUUGAGAUGGUGGUUGUGCCAAGAAAUAUGUCUUUGAAUGAUCUAUGCUUGACGUCAGCAAUUGCUUUCACCGAGACCAAUGGCUUCUACCUUGCUGUUGAGAAGGAGAUAUUCCCUGAAAAUAGAAAGCUCGUUCUUCAGAAUAAAAAUACAAAGAAAUUUACCGAAGAUUUUUCAGGCUGUCAACCUAAUGCAUCUGUGCGAAAGAUUUUGAAACUUCCAUUAAGUGGAGUGAUAGAGAUUGACCCAAAUGCUUAUCCAGAUUAUAAUUUAUUUUUUGAGAGUAAAACAAGAAAUAAGAAACUGAAGAUGAACAUGCGCUUUCUGUAUGAGGUUUUUCCUGCUAAUCCUACUCACUGGCAAAGGACUUUUUUCCAAACUGUGAAAAAUGGUGACAUCGAGAUUGUGAGAAAUAUGGUUCAGUUUUUCAAGGAUUCAUGUCUUGAAAUUCUCCAUUCAAAAGAAUCAAUCUCUGGCAAUGGAUGUCUGCACGUGGCAUGUCGAAGGGGUCAUUUUGACAUAGUUCAGGAAUUAUUGGAGAAUGGAGUGUCACUUGAUGCAAAAAAUGCCACAGGCUCAACUCCAUUCUUCCUCGCAGCAGUGGGACAGCAUCGUAAAAUAUGCAAGCUUUUAAUUGAAUGGGGUUGUGAUGUACAUAUAAAGAACAUGAAAAAUCACACAGCUUUUGAUGACAUUCGAAGUGAAGAAUUCAAACAGUUCUUGCUGAGUUACCAUGCAUACAUUUCAUCAGCAAUCCCUCUUAUUAUCCAAGGGGACACAGAUAUCCUUCACAAUAUGGCCCACAAUCUCGUAAACAACAUCAACUUCCUGAGCAGUCCAACAAGCAGGUGCAUUAAUGGAAGCACAUUGUUGCAUACAGCCGCUUACUUUGGAAAAAUAGACAUUGUGAAAACACUUCUGUAUUUGAAGAUUAAUGUUAACCUGCAGGAUUACAAGGGAGCAACUGCAUUACAUAGAUCUCGAGAUACAGAGACUAUCCAGAUGCUGAUAGAACAUGGUGCUGAUGUUAACUGGUCAGACGGAGAUGGUAAUACGCCAUUACAUAUGAUGUGCUAUGGAGAAAUGAAGAAGCCAGCGAGAUUGGACUGUUUGAAACUUAUGCUGUCUCAUAAGGCAACAAUAGAAAUAUUGAACAAAAAGGAUCUGCUGCCAAUCCAUUGUGCUGCGAUACAAGGUAGAAUAGAUGUUAUUGAGCUUCUUCUGCAGUUUGAUGUUGAAGAACAAACGAGAGCAAAAUUAAUGACGGCAAAAGCUCCAAGUGUCCUCUAUCUGUCCGUUGCCAGCGAUCACAUUGAAUGUGCUGAGUGGCUCAAAUCAAAGGGAUUUCUUUUUAAACCUGAAGAGCUGAAAGAACUGGUGUUUGGAUUACUGCAGGAUGAAAUGGGAGCGCAAGGAAAAGCCCAGUGUUUGGAAUUUCUCUUAAGGAAUGGAAUUGAUAUUAAUGCAGUCAACAAACAAGGUGAUAGUGCUUUGCACCUUGCUGCCCUUAAAGGUGAUUGCAAUGAUCUGCUGAUGUUACUGCUAUUGAACAAUGCUGAGGUCAAUAUACUCAAUCGUGGCCACUCCACGCCUCUAUGUUACGCAGUUCAAGCCUCAAACUACUACGGUGCAAGUCUUCUGAUACAACACGGGGUAAAUAUAAAGGAAAAGAACAAUCAAGGUUUCAGUGCAUUUGAUUUAAUACAAGAUUAUCAUGAAUGGAUUGAUAGUGGAUUAUUUACUGAGGAGAUAAUUUCUGUAUUCAAGGUGUAUGAACUUGAGCGGUCUUGCAGUCUUGUUCGAAACAUUAACAGGAAACUGAAAGCAGCAGAAGCAAGUCAGCAGCUUUCUCUCUUCAACUACCAAAUGAAACAAAAUUUUCUUUGAGUCAAAACCUAAUCAAAAAUAUCACUACUCAAAGAAUGUAUACACCACGAGAAAUGGCUGUCGAUCAGCUAGUGGUACAAGCAGGUAAUAGCACAUUUUCAUGGAUAUUGAGCAGAAUGUUUCAUUGAUAUUCAAUCAGUAAGGUGAGCUGUUUUCCUCUCACACAAUGUUGUCAAUUUUACUCUGUUCAAAAGUAUUUGGCUUACUGCUUUAAAGAUAUUAUUUCAGUAACAUUAAGAUAAUGUUAUUACUUAUCUCUUUUGUACAGUAAAACCACAACAAAAUCAGAAGGCUUAGCAUUAAAAUUCUCUUUGGAGUUUUAUUGUGGUGGAAUGUGAUUUGUUUAAUUUUUGUUAUCACGUUAAACAAUUAUAAACAGUUGACAUAAUACAUGUAUUACAGUAUGUUGGGUAUUUUUAGCUGUGUUAGAAAAGGUUCAACUAUUUACUCGCUGUUGGAUGCUGGCAUUUCUCAGGAAGACUUGGGUCUUUGUUUUACAUUGCACGGCACAGUUCUGAAUGAUGUCACCAUCUCUAUCAGCCACAAUGCGCCUUCCUUUUGAAACAUGCAGGCUUGCUUUAGGCUGUGCUAAGGAGUAUUGAUUUUAGGUCCUUUGCUGAUACGUGCUGCCUGUGAACAGUGGCAGUGCUACUGGCUGCAUGUAGAAAUCAUUUAAAUGAACAGACAGUAUACAAUAUACAAUGCUGUGUUGCAUGUGUUCAAUCUAACUGGUGGGGGUUAAUUGUGUAUAAUGAUUCCUCUACAGGUUUUUGGAGUCUUUUCACUUUAGCCCCAUCUGUAUGUAGAAUGAUAAUCAAAGGGCUAGAACAGAGAGGCUUGAUAAAUAACUUACCAGUAUUUUAUUCACAUUUUCUAGAAAUCUAAGGGAAACCUGUAAUGCCAGAGAAGCAUCAGCUACAAUUUUUUUCCUUUGCCUCUGAGCUUCAUUGGUCCUGUAAGAUCUUCAAACACUGUCAUCUGCCAUCAAUCAAAAUCUAAAUAUAGAAUAAUAAUAAAUUGCAAAGAAAUAAAGAGCUGUUUUACAUUUCCUAUCUCGAAACAGAAGAGUGAAUAAAAUGCGGAAUAGUUCUCAGAUCUAAAAGACAAUAACGCCAAGGCAUCAACUUU